AUGGAUAAAUUAUCUUCUAAAACAAAGCGACAGUCAACAACAGUGGCAAGUAAGUGUAAAGUUUGUGGAGCUCCGGCUACAUAUUCAUAUUAUGGUGUUAUAUCAUGUCGUCCAUGCAAAAUAUUUUUCAAACGAAAUGCUAAACGAGAACAAGAAUCAUUAAAAUGCGAUCUUAAUGGACAUUGUCAAAUAAGUCUACUUAAUCGUCAUAUUUGUUCUUAUUGUCGACUUAAAAAAUGUUUUUCAAGUGGAAUGCAAGUCGAUAUGUUUCGAUCAUCCUAUUCAAAACAACACAAAACAAUUCGAACAAACGAAGAAUCGAAAAACUCGAUUGAAACUCAAUCAACAGCUUUAGUUAGAUUCAGACAACCUGAACAGUUUCCAACUUUAAAUCUUUUGCAAUCAGAUCAAUCAACAUUAACUGUUGAACAAUGGAAUCAUCUGUCGAAUUUAUCUCAUUGUUAUGAUGAACAUAGUGGUAUUUCAUCAGCUGUUCAUUAUAUGGAAGAACAAAAUAAUUUACCGAUUAAGUUUCGUUUUAAAUGUGAACCAUUAAAAAAAUUUAUUAGUGGGUUGAUGGAUAGAGCUCAAUUAUUAUACAAAAAUAAUCAAGAUUUUCUUUCCUUAAUUGAUGAUGAUCGUUCGAUAUUACUUCAUAAUACAAUUAAACAUGUGCGAGGUCUUAGUUCUCAUUUCAUUUAUCGUCAAAUUCAAUUAAUUAAUAAUCCUGUUUGUUUUCAAUCACUUGAAUUAAUUUUUGGACAAAAAACAAUAGCUACUGCUAAACGUGUCGAUGAUCUAAUUAAUUUUGAUGCUAUUAUUAUGAAACUUCUUUUAGCCAUUCUAGCUUUCUCAACAACGGAUUAUACAGUUUAUUCAAAUAUAAAUCAAAAUAAUCUUAAAAAUAUCAAGAAAGUUCUACAUUUUCAACAUGUAUAUAUUGACUUAGCAUGGCGAUAUUUGCUCUACAAAUAUAAUCAUCGUCAGGCUGUUAUCUGUUUUUCGAAUGUAUUGCGAUGUCUACUUAUGUUGCAUAAUACUAUUGUUCUUGCGUAUGAAGUUCAACAGUAUACAGAUGUAAUUAAUCCGCUGUUCAACAGACCGAACAAGUACUUCGUUUGA